UGUCUGCAGAGGUCGGGCAGCAAGCAUGCAACCACGCCUGCAGAUAACUACUACCUGGCUCGGAGGAGGACUCUGCAGGUGGUGGUCAGCUCCCUGCUCACUGAAGCUGGCUUCGAGAGCGCCGAAAAGGCCGCGGUGGAGACGCUGACGGAGAUGCUACAGAGCUAUAUUUCUGAGAUUGGAAGGAGUGCAAAGUCCUACUGUGAACACACAGCCCGAACGCAGCCUACGCUCUCUGAUAUCGUGGUUACUCUGGUGGAAAUGGGGUUCAAUGUUGAAACACUUCCUGCCUAUGCCAAGCGCUCCCAGAGGAUGGUCAUCACUGCCCCUCCUGUGACGAACCAGCCGGUGACUCCCAAGGCCCUGACAGCUGGGCAGAACAAGCCACAUCCACCCCACAUUCCUGGCCAUUUCCCUGAGUUUCCAGAUCCUCACACUUACAUCAAGACACCAACCUACCGGGAGCCUGUCUCUGACUACCAGGUGCUGCGGGAGAAGGCGGCAUCCCAGCGGCGUGAUGUGGAGAGAGCUCUCACACGGUUCAUGGCUAAGACUGGAGAAACACAGAGCCUCUUCAAAGACGAUGUUAGCACCUUCCCACUGAUUGCUGCCAGGCCUUUCACUGUGCCCUACCUGACAGCUCUGCUCCCCUCAGAGCUGGAAAUGCAGCAAAUGGAAGAAACAGAUUCAUCUGAGCAAGACGACCAGACAGACACUGAGAACCUCCCCCUGCACAUGAGCACGGAUGAUUCAGGACCUGAAAAGGAGAAUGCUUCAGUGUUACAGCAGAACAGCUCCCUGGCAGGCAGUCGGAAUGGGGAGGAGAAUAUGAUAGACAAUCCCUACCUGCGGCCCGUGAAGAAGCCCAAGAUCCGCAGGAAGAAGUGA